GACUCCACCGUCUGCUUCUUGGCCGUCAGUUUCAGCCUCCAGCGCCUUCCAGUCUUCAGCAUGCUGGUCCGACCCCCAGUGGCACUAAUGUGGGCUCAUCGGGGUGCUCCCCCAGCAAAGCAGUGUCCGCCCGGGCGGCUGGAUCCACGGUCUGGCAGAGAAACUAUGCGAGCUGUGGAACAAGGAGUGGGCGCACAACCUCAGCAGGCACUGGGGACAUGUGGUGAUUCUACACAGAAGACUCACCUGGGCUCAAGGUUGGCCCUGUUCCAGUAUUGGUUAUGAGUCUUCUGUUCAUUGCUUCUGUAUUUAUGUUGCACAUUUGGGGCAAGUACACUCGUUCAUAGAUUCGGCUACAUCCAUCUGUCUGUCAUCUGAAGAAGAAGGAACAAAAACAUAUCUUGGACCAAAAGCAUAGUGACUUUCUGUUUGUGAGAAAGAAAUAUUCUGUAAGCUUAUUGUUUUACAGGGAACUUAACAAGAAUUGAUUUAAGGAAUCAAUUUUUUUCUAUGGCUAAUAAACUUUUUAAUUCAUUAAA